AGCACCCACUGCCUGAGGGCAGCGGCGGGGCCGGCAGCCGCGGUCUCGCGAGAUGUAGCGUGUCCAGCCUCUCGAGAGGGGCGGAGGCCGAGAGGGAACCACGUGGGCUUGGCUGCGCGGCCUGGGUCGCGGCGUCCAGUUUGGGUCUGGAUCGGACUCGGAACCGUGGAGAUGCGGAAAGAAACCCCAGCUCCCCUAGUGCCGCCGGCGGCCCGGGAGUGGAACCUGCCCCCGAACGCGCCCGCCUGUAUGGAGCGACAGUUGGAGGCUGCGCGGUACCGGUCGGAUGGGGCGCUCCUGCUCGGGGCCUCCAGCCUGAGUGGCCGCUGCUGGGCUGGCUCCCUUUGGCUUUUCAAGGACCCUUGUGCUGCCCCCAACGAAGGUUUCUGCUCGGCUGGAGUGCAGACGGAGGCCGGCGUGGCGGACCUCGCCUGGGUGGGGGACAAAGGUAUCCUAGUGGCUUCCGAUUCAGGUGCUGUUGAAUUGUGGGAGCUGGAUGAAAAUGAGACCCUCAUUGUGAGCAAGUUCUGCAAGUAUGAGCAUGAUGACAUCGUGUCUACAGUCAGUGCCCUGAGCUCCGGCACGCAAGCUGUCAGCGGUAGCAAAGACUUCUGCAUCAAAGUUUGGGACCUUGCUCAGCAGAUGGUACUGAAUUCAUACCGGGCUCACUCUGGGCCCGUCACCUGCAUUGCCACCUCCCCUCACAAGGACUCCGUGUUUCUCUCAUGCAGUGAGGACAAUAGAAUUUUACUCUGGGAUACCCGCUGUCCCAAGCCCGCGUCACAGAUGGGCUGCAGUGCCUCUGGCUACCUUCCUACCUCACUGGCUUGGCAUCCUCAGCAGAGCGAAGUCUUCGUCUUCGGCGACGAGAAUGGGACUGUCUCCCUUGUGGACACCAAGAGUACGAGCUGCGCCCUCAGCUCUGCUGUGCACUCCCAGUGUGUCACUGGGCUGGUGUUCUCCCCACACAGCGCCCCCUUCCUGGCCUCUGUCAGUGAAGACUGCUCGCUUGCCGUGCUGGACUCGGGCCUUUCUGAGUUGUUUAGAAGCCGAGCUCACAGAGACUUUGUCAGAGAUGCUACUUGGUCCCCCCUCAACCACUCCCUCCUAACCACAGUGGGCUGGGACCAUCAGGUCAUCCAUCACAUGGUGCCCACGGAACCUCUGCCAGCUUCUGGACCUGCGAGUGUCACUGAGUAGCUUAGAUUUAAGACAAAAAGCAAAUCCCCCACGAGUGCCCACUCCCCUGGCCUCUCAGUUGGUGAAACAGCAUGGCAGCCUCCCACGGUGUGUUGCUAGACCAGGCUGUGCAGUUAAUAGGCAUGGUCUCAGCUUGGGGAGGCUGGAUUCUGGGGUCCUGUUGUCCUAGGGAAGAAAAACUUCUUGAAAAUGGAUAGGUACAUGUUUCCGAGUGUCUGUGUAUUACGUAGUUUUUGGUGGUGGGUGGGUAAAAAGUCCACCCCACAUCUUUCCCAAGGCCUAUUCCUCUGGCCCCCAAAAAAGUUUACCAAAGGAUUUUACGCUUCUGUAGCUGUGCACGAGGAAUUGGCUAUGUCUGAGGUAUGGAGGGUGGGCAUCCCUGGAUUGUUGGAAGCAGCUCAUAUACUACAGAUAGGAGCAAUUUUAUAUUUUUAUAGAGCUUAAUUCACUUCUAUCAUAUGCAGAGCUUCCAUUCACAAAAAUCCAGCCCAGCUCACCUGGAGGCAGAGCCAGUUUUACGUGUCUCCUUGCCAUUAAACUGAAUCAGAAGUGUAUUUUCUGGUUGAAUAAAAACUGACUGGUGCCUGUGUAUUGCCAGCACCCCACCCCCUCCCCCCCGCCUCCCUCUUGAGGUUGUAUAUAUGAGAUGAAAUGUUUUUCUGCCAUAGAUGCCAUCAAAGACAGUUUGGGGAUGAUGGCAAGCUGGAAGGCAUUUUAGUUUACUUAAACUGACAACCGAUGCAGACUUGGAGAGAAGUGUCUGAUACCCUAUCUGAAAUAGCCUGGGCCCUAGCCUCUCCUGCCUCUGGGCCCCUUUGUCUGGAUACAGGAAGACUGACUGUAUUUUAUGGACUCUGAAGAUUUUAAAAUGUAACAUUUGAGAAUAAGAAAUACUGAUUGGUGAAAUAAAAAGUCCAGGCUUUGUUAGUCUGUCUUUAAAAUGUGUGUGUUGAGUGUAUUUAGACACAGUUCACUUAGGGAAGUCACCAGAGUCUCAGUCCUACACCCUCUUUUGUAUGUGUAAUUCCCCUGCCUCCACAGUGUAACUAGUUGGAACUUAAGGUUAAUGUUUAGUUACUUGGUUGAUGGACUUGGCUACCACUAGUUAGAAGACAGAGGUCAAAUGUUGAUUGUUCUGAAACUAAGUACAGUCAAUUACAUGUUUUUGGACUUGGCGAGUUCAGCUAAAAUCAUGAAACUGAGACAGGAAAAUGUAUAGAAUAUUUGUAAGUAAAGCUUCCAUGCUUCCCCCUUACCCAGUGUGAGCUCUGCCCUCCCUUGAGUGAAAACACGUACUACUGGAUUUGGGGUGAGGUGGAAACAAAGCCUCAAGUUUUUAACUAUCACUUCUUAGGAGGUAAUAGGGUGGUGGGGGAGUGUGAUCAUUUAAAUUCUUACCAGAGGGAAAAACUUCAAGCUUACCAUCACUUAGAAGACUGGUUUUGGACCUGGACUAGCAUCUCCAUCAGAAACAGGCAAUUCUGGAAUUAUUCUUUGCUCCUUAGUCAUGGAACCAGUACAAUCUAGAGAGACUGAGGAGGGGUUAGCACUUGUUUUCAAUCACAGCCACAUAACACAUAGUCUGUGACCCCAGUUAUUUAUCAUCUGGCAUAGGGUUUAACACAGUCCUCAUCUUACUCUGAAAACUCCUUGUCUUGUGAGUUAUCUGAUCAAUAUAUGUAAUCAUGAAAAGUCUGAAGGUCAGUAAAGGCUUUUUAUCCUCAAACAACAUCCUUUCACUUUGUGGUGGGAGCCAAACACCACUGGUGGCUGACAUUCCCUCGGUGAAGGUAGAUGGAGUUCGCCCUCCGCUGUGAUACUGGCUGUACCUACACCUCGCCUCUGGCAGCACAGAGCCUAGAAGCAUUAGAAACUCCAGUCUCAAAUGGACAUUUUCCGCUGCUCUUUAACAAGCAACUUAUCUUUCACAGAAAUCCU